UAUUGUCCAAAGGAAUAUGUCGGCCGGGACGGGUAAUAAAAAAGCGGGUAGCAAGGAGGUGUCACCUUCGACUGUUGGAAAAUCGCCGCCCAAGUCUAAAACUAAAGCUAAAAGUAAAGACAAGAAUGCUGAAAGCAGCAGCAGUAAGGACAGCAGCAGCAGUCAUGUAGAAGAUAAAACUAAAACAGCUGGUGAGACUGAGACCAGCAGCGAAGUCCGGGACACAUCGCCGUCGUCUCCCAAAGGUGGCCGUGUUACUAGACAAAACAUUCGAAAGAGGGAAGAGGUUGAGGAAAUUAGAGACAAGUACUUGUCAAUGGACUUGAAGUCAAAGAGAAAACUCUACAAAGGAACUUACAUCACACUUGAGAAAAUUAAAACAUGGCCUGAUUAUUUCCGUGAGGAUCUGCAACAAAAAACAGACAAGUCUAAGUUAGGAAAAGAGAAGGAAGUCAGAGAGGAUCUCAACCAGAAAAUCUCAUUGUUCCAGGGAGAUAUCACCACUCUGGAGAUUGAUGCCAUAGUUAAUGCAGCAAAUGAGUCCCUGCUGGGCGGUGGUGGGGUUGAUGGGGCUAUCCACCAUGCAGCCGGCCCGCACCUCCGAUCUGAAUGUGCAACUCUACAUGGUUGCCAACCUGGCGAGGCCAAAAUCACAUGUGGCUAUAAUCUACCAGCGAAAUAUAUCAUUCACACAGUGGGCCCCAGGGGAGAGAAGCCACAAGUGCUGAACCAGUGUUACACACAUUCUUUGGACCUAGUCAGGGAGCACAAGUUAACAUCAGUUGCGUUUCCUUGCAUUUCUACCGGGAUAUUCG